CUAAAAAAAAUAAAAAUUGAUUUGUCUAUUUCUUUCUCACUAUUUUCUAGCUGCUGGUUGGCUGGCUGCUGGUAGCGGCCUCCUUUUUGGCUCCGAAUUUCAGACCCUAAAACGAAGCUCGAAACCGUGAAUUCCUCUUUUUCACAAUGAACUGUUCAAUCUCCGGCGAAGUGCCGGAAGAGCCCGUCGUCUCCAAGAAAUCCGGUUUGCUUUACGAGAAACGCUUAAUCGAGCGACAUAUUGCGGAUUAUGGGAAGUGUCCGGUUACCGGUGAUCCACUUACUAUGGACGACAUUGUCCCGGUCAAAACCGGCAAGAUUGUAAAACCUAAAUCCUUAACCGCGGCCAGCAUUCCCGGGAUGCUUGGAAUGUUUCAGAAUGAAUGGGAUGCUUUAAUGCUAUCCAAUUUUGCAUUAGAGCAGCAGUUACAUACAGCUAGGCAGGAGCUGAGUCAUGCACUCUACCAGCAUGAUGCUGCCUGCCGAGUGAUUGCAAGACUUAAAAAGGAAAGGGAUGAAGCCAGGUCUUUGCUUGCACAGGCUGAGAGGCAGGCACCCUUGCCAGCAUCGGCUGCUACUGCCAAUGUUUCUGCUCUUAGCAAUGGAAAGCGAGUUUCUGAGGAUGGAGAUAUGGGCCCUGGUUCAAAGCAAAUGCGCCCCGGGGUUUCUGAGAGUAUUAUUGCUGAGUUAACCGAAUGUAAUGCAGCUCUGUCACAACAGCGUAAAAAGCACCAGAUACCUCCAACAUUGGCUCCCGUUGAUGCUUUGGAGAGGUACACCCAACUUUCUAGCCAUCCCCUUCACAAGACAAAUAAACCAGGGAUCUCUUCAAUUGAUAUCAAUCUUUCAAAGGACAUUGUUGCAACAGGAGGAAUUGAUUCAAGUGCUGUACUCUUUGACCAAACAUCUGGAGUGAUCUUAUCAACCCUAAGUGGCCACUCUAAGAAGGUUACAAGUGUAAAAUUUGUAGCUCCAAGCAAUGUAAUUUUAAGUGGAUCAGCAGAUAAGACUGUACGCAUUUGGCAAGGGUCUGAAGAUGGAAACUGUGACUGCAGGCAUAUUUUGAAGGAUCAUACUGCUGAGGUGCAAGCUAUCACUGUCCAUGCUACAAAUAACUACUUCGUAACUGCUUCCCUUGACUCAACAUGGUGCUUUUAUGAUCUUUCCUCUGGCUUAUGCUUGACACAGGUUGAAGACCCUUCAAAUUCAAUGGGCUAUACAUCUGCUGCUUUUCAUCCUGAUGGUCUCAUCCUUGGAACAGGCACCACUGAAGCCACUGUUAGAAUUUGGGAUGUGAAGAGUCAGGGAAAUGUUGCCAACUUUGAUGGACACACUGGAUCAAUAACGGCCAUAUCUUUCUCAGAAAAUGGUUACUUCCUUGCGACUGCAGCGCACGAUGGUGUUAAGUUGUGGGAUCUGCGCAAAUUAAAAAAUUUCCGGUCAUUUGAAUUAUAUGAUCAAGAUACACCAACAAACUCUGUGGAUUUCGACCAUAGUGGGAGUUACCUUGCAAUUGCUGGCUCGGAUGUAAGAGUGUACCAAGUAGGCAGCGUCAAAGCAGAAUGGAAUUGCAUCAAAACAUUACCUGAUUUAUCUGGCACUGGUAGAGCAACUUGUGUCAAAUUCGGUUCAGAUGCAAAGUACUUGGCAGUAGGAUCAAUGGAUCGUAACCUCCGCAUAUUUGGCCUUCCCCAAGGCGAUGCUUCAAUGGAAUCAUAAAAAGGCUCCUUCUGUUCAACUUAUUUGGCAAGUUGGCUGUUAAAACACUCUUUAAGAUUGCCAAUUGCGACUGUCGUGUUUUGUGGUCGGCAUAAUCGGAGAUUUCGAGGUAUGUUCAAAUAUUUAGUUUUCUUCUGUUCCCAAAACACAUUUGAGGCUUAGGGCAUUGAUGUUUACCAGUUUUGGCCAUUUACUCCAGCAAUGUAUGUGCUUUGUAUCAUCUGAAAGGUGUUCAAGAAAUGAAAAGCCAACCAAUUUACUUGUCACUUUUAUCAUAGAGAAACAUAGAGACAAAUUUUCAAUUGGAAAUUCCCCUUACUAGCCUAAACAUUAUUGAAUAUUUAUUUUUAGACCCCCCCUUUUUUUAGUUUCAUUGUGUAGCCUUGAUUGGUGUUUAUUUGUGGAUGGUAUAUGUAGUUUUAUGAAACCAUUAUCUAUAAUCCACUUGGUAAUUUGUGUAUUCA